CGUUCUACGUAGCAGUCACUAAAAUUCUACGUUAAUUCUCACAAACCCGCGUGCCUGUUUAAGUGGAAUUUGAAUUUGCCUUACCAAUGUUUUCACCCUGUCGCUUGCCUCGAUAAUUCCCCUCUUAAUGCCACCCGCCUUACAACAAUCAAGGCGCCUGCUAUUAUCAUGAUUGUCCCACCCAGCUCUCGCCGGCUCAGGGUCUUUGGCAUCGUUGCCAUCCUGACCUUAAUCGCGACCUACAUCCAUAUUCGUUCGCAAUGGGACGAAUCUUCAUUCGGAUAUGCUCGUGAUUAUUACAAGAGCGUCACGAGCUACUUUGGUAGCCCAGUAUACAACAAUACGUUGUAUUCCGAAGGGAAUGAGGAAAUGGUCAACCAAUAUUACAAUGCCAGCAACCCUUGCGCCAAUUUUCCCAAUACCGACGGCAUACUUCUGGUGAUGAAGACGGGCGCAACAGAAACUUUCGAUAAAAUGCCCGUUCACCUCCUCACAACAAUGAACUGUCUUCCCGACUUUCUCAUCUUCUCUGACAUGGAACAACAAGUUGGACCAUACCAUAUCCACGAUGCCCUCGCCGAGUUCGACGAAUCCGCAAAGGCCCAUAAUUCUGAUUUCGACCUUUACCGUGACCAAAAGGAAUGUCCCGUAUCGCAAAAGUCGUGCGUUGACGCGAAGAGAGACGGACAAAAGGCGUGGAAUUUGGACAAGUACAAAUUUCUUCCAAUGAUGGAACAAACUUGGAGGAUGCGCCCAGGCCGAGACUGGUAUAUAUUCGCCGAAGCUGAUACCUAUAUCUUUUGGGCCAAUAUCGUUCAUUGGCUGAAGACCGAGUCCGGCUUAAACCCCCGGGAGAAACUCUAUCUCGGCAGCCGAAGCUUUAUCGGGGGAACUCCAUUUGCCCAUGGAGGUUCCGGAUAUAUACUUAGCGGGACGCUAUUGAAGCAUUUGAUUGAAUAUCACCCCGGCGUGGUCAAGCAGUAUAAUAUCAAGGGGGCUCAUGAAUGUUGUGGCGACUUGAUGCUGGCGCAGGCCUUGGAAGAGUAUGAGAAGGUUAAAGUCCGGCAGGUUUGGCCCAUGAUCAACGGUGAAAAGCCGAGUACGCUGCCUUAUGGACCUGGUCACUGGUGCGAGCCGAUUUUCACUAUGCAUCAUAUGAAUGCAGAAGAAAUCAGUAACGUGUGGCAGUUUGAGCAAACACGCAAGACCGAUCGCGUUCUUCUGAUCAAAGACAUUUACGAUGGCUUGAUCCGACCAAAAAUGCAAGUAUCGCGAGAAAAUUGGGAUAACCUCUCAGAUGAUGUGUGCUACCUCAAUCCAGAUCCCGAUGCUCAACGAUAUGCAGACGGGCAUUCACGCGACAGACAGAAGAAAGAGGAAGAGAUGAACGAGGUUGAAAAGGAGGCAUGGAAAUCAUGGGAAAACUGCGCAAAGGUCUGCGACUCCCAGGAUGUCCCAGAUGAAGAAGAAUGGGAUAUACGAGGAAUCAUAGAACGCGAAGACAACGCCCCCAGCACUGCUAACGACACGGAGGUUGCUGAGGAUACUUCGCCUAGCGAUGCUGCAGCCCGGGAAGCGUGGAAGAAGGCCAUGAACGAGAAGAAGCGGAAUCGAUCCUGCUUUCAGUACCGUUGGCAUGAGGAUAUAUGCUGUACGGCGAAGAGCUUCAAAUUGGGUGCGCCUAAGAUGCCGCCUGAUAAUGGCGACGCCAGAGCUAAAUGGGUCAGUGGUUGGCACUUGAAGGGCAUCAACGACUGGAUUGACGCGAUGGGAGAGUGCAAUAAGCCGGCCUGGAAGACGCCCGAUUCUUGAUCGGUUUCGCUUGGAGACAACUCUUGGCACCGGAAAGACGAAUACCGUUUUCCACACCUUUGCAAUAUGACGAAACUAAUAGAAGGAAUAUCGGACCGGAGGAACCGGAGAUUUCAUCAUGGCCUAUAGUUGUAAAACAUGGACGGUU